AUGGCUAGUCUUCAAGUGCUGCAGCUAUGCUGUAACCAGUUAACAGGGAACAUACCUAACGAGAUGGGGUUCUUAAAAAGGUUGAGUGUUCUCGCACUCGAAAACAAUAGACUAAACGGGCAAAUUCCCGAAAGCUUGGGAAAUUUGGGAGGGCUCAAGAGGCUUUAUUUGAGCUCCAAUCAACUAUCCGGUCCAAUUCCAAUUAGAUUGGCGAAUGUUCCCCAAUUGGAGUUUCUAGAUGUACAAAACAAUAACCUUUCUGGAGCCGUGCCUUCCGCUUUGAGGAGGUUGAAUGGAGGAUUCCAUCCUGAAAACAACCCUGGUCUAUGUGGGGUUGGCUUUUCUUCAUUGAGAGUUUGCACUGCUUGGGAUAAUCUAAACACAAAUCAAAUUGAACCAAAUGCCAAUAAAACUGUACCUCCAAAUAUACCCCAAACUGCUAGUUUUCCAAUGCCUUGUAACCAUACUCAUUGCUCGAGGUCCUCAUCAAAAUUACCACAAAUAGGCAUUGUAGCAGGAGUACUUACAGCCGUAAUUGCAUUGAUGAUCGGGGGAUUUCUCAUCGUUUUCCGGUAUCGUAGGCGUAAACAGAAAGUUGGGAACACAUCUGAUACUUCUGAUGACCGGCUUAGCAUUGACCAGGCAAAAGAAGUCUACAAGAAAAGCCCCUCUUCUCUUGUAGAUCUUGAGUAUUCGAAUGGAUGGGAUCCUGCGAUCACUUCUCAAGAUUCCAACGGUAUAUGUCACGAGUUUUUAAACGUCUUCAAGUUUAAUUUGGAAGAGGUUGAAUCAGCAACUCAACAUUUCUCAGAGGUGAAUUUAUUGGGAAAGAGUAAGUUCUCAUCUGUGUACAGGGGAAUUUUAAAAGAUGGAUCACGAGUAGCGAUCAAAAGUAUAAGCAAGAUGAAUUGUAAGUCAGUCGAAGCCGAAUUUAUAAAAGGAUUAAGCUUAUUGGCUUCUCUAAAACAUGACAAUCUUGUUAAAUUGAGGGGUUUCUGUUGCUCAAAGGCCCGGGGCGAAUGUUUCCUAAUCUACAACUUUGCUUCAAAGGGUAAUUUGUCUCAGUAUCUGGACAACGAGGAUGAUAGUAUCAAUGUCCUUGACUGGCCGACAAGGAUUUCCAUCAUCAAUGGGAUUGCAAAAGGUAUAGAGUACUUGCACGGCGGUGAACCAAGCAAACCUCCCACUGUUCACCAAAAUAUAUCCGUGGAGAAAGUCCUCGUCGACGAACAUUUCAAUCCAUUAAUAUUGGAUUCUGGUCUUUUGAAGCUCCUUGCUGAUGAUGUUGUUUACUCAGCCCUCAAAGUCAGCGCUGCGUUUGGAUAUAUGGCUCCCGAGUACAUAACUACUGGUCGUUUCACAGAGAAGAGUGAUGUUUAUGCAUUUGGAGUGAUAAUCCUUCAAGUAAUCUCUGGCAAACAAAAACUUGCUACCCUAACAAGACUGGCAGCUGAAGCUGGAAAAUUGGAAGAUUUUGUUGACUUGAAACUCAAGGGCAAGUUCACUGAGUCAGAGGCAGCCCGUUUAGCAAAAAUUGCACUCGACUGCACCCAUGAGCUUCCAGACAGUAGACCGACCAUGGCAUCAGUGGUUCAAGAGCUGAGCAAGCCAAGUGAUGUUAUUUAG